GUGCAUGUAUAAGAUAAGGGUGCAUUCCACAGAAGUGGAGCUGCGUGGAGUUGAGUGGAGCAGAGCCGUGUCAAUAGGUAGGUGUUUCCACUAAAGCUGCGCAGAGAUGAGCGGCGCAGGGCUGAGUUGUGUAGCUGGGUGAAGUGGAGCCGAGCAGAGCUGAGACUAGCGGAGCGGAGCUGUGAAGUGGAGAUGAAGCUGAACGGGGAUGUGAAUAAAUUUUCCGCCUGACACCGCGUUACCUCUCGCAGCCCUGCUCCACCCCGCGCAACUCGGCGCAUCCCCGCUCUAUACCGCACAGCCCCGCUUCACCCCGCACAGCUCUACUAAGCUCGAUACACCAUACAUUUUAAUGUAAAUGUUUCCACUGAAUCGGAGCGGAGUGAGAAGUGUAUUUUGAGCAAUGUGAUUGGUCAAUUUUUAUAAGUCUCUGCUCAGCUCCGCGCAGCUCAGCUUCUGUGGAAACGCACUCUAAGAGUAGUAUCAGGCUUGUCAAUCAAAAUGGAUUAUUCUGUCUGGUCUGGUGCGUCCGUAAACGUAUCUUAGAGACAGAUUCUGAGAUUUUUAUCGACAGACAAGUUUCGGAAAAAAGAAAAGGGAAACGGAAAUUGAAUUUUCCCGGGCAGACUGUCAAUCAUUUCAUUGUACGCAAAAAUUUUGUUGCAAAAUUCAAUAACACAAUCUAAAAAAAGAACUUACGGUGUGUUGUAUAAGAAAUAAGAAGGACCAAGUAAGAAACGGAACGUACACACCCGACAGCAGGACAUCGAUAACAGUGUGUUUGUUUGUGACAUUUUUGUGAUUAAAUCAUAUACAUGACAGAGAUAGAGCUAUACCAGAAAGCAUAAUGUGAAUCCUUCUAACUUUUUUAAAAGUGUUAUUUAUCAGAAAAUAAUCUUUUAAUUGUCAAAUGUAAACCAUGACCGUCCGUUUGUUUAUUUACGAAAAUAUAUAAAAUAAUGACUAAAAAUAAUAAAAAUGUAUAAGCAGGUGCAAUAUUGGGGCACUGUGUUUUUUGUGUGUGCAUUGUUUUAUUUAGUUAAAAUAGUUUUUACGGAAAUAUUCGAGGAUGAAAGCGCGGAAGUGGACGAUUGGUUAGAGCAGAAUGAACUGGGAGAAUAUAAGAAAUUGUUCAGAGAAUAUGGCAUCUCCACGCUGUCGGGGUGCGGUUCGCCGGAGCAGCUGGAGCGUCUACCGGAGCUGCCGGCGGCGGAAGAGAAGCGCCUGCGCAGGGCCGCGCAGGUGUUGCAGCAACGGCUCGUGCUGCGACAGUGGCUCGCCACGCAUCGACUGCAGCACGCUUACUCCAAACUCCUCAGCCUGGAUGUUUCCUCCCUGGAGGACGUGUACUGGCUGGAGGACUCCACCGCGCGUCACGUGCUGCAGGCGGGUGACUUCCCCGCGUGGUCGGCCGCCAGACAGAGUCUGCCCACCGGCAAGGAGGCGCUGCAGGCCCUCAAGCAAGACCUCUGGAGCGUCGUCGUCAAGAGCAGCAAGCACCAGGACGCCUGGACUUGGGGCGGCAUGUUGGUGGUGUCAGUGUCGGUGUGCGGGCUGGUGACGCUGGCGGCCAUGACGCAGCCGUCGCUGGCGCCGGAAGCCAAGCACUCGCUGCUGCAGUACGUCACUGGCAAAUACCUCCACCCGCCCAGCUGUCGAGUGGAGUGGGGUUGGACGGAGCCACAGCCGGUGGGCGAGACGAUGUGCUUUACGGUGCACUGCUUCCAACGGAACGGGCAGCCGUACCCCAUCUGCGACACCGACGAGCUCACAGUCUGCAUCUCUCACGGCACCAGAAAAAUAACGGCGGUAGUGGAGCUGGGGUCGGGCGACCCGGCGCAGGCCAACACGGCGCGGGUCAAGUUCACCGUGCGCACUGCCACCGUCUACAUCAUCUCUGUCAUGAUUGGCGGCGUGUCGGUGUGCGGGUCCCCGUUCCGCAAGUGGUUCACGGCGGGCCCGGCGCUGGCGCGGCGCUCGCGGCUGGCGCGCGCGCAGCACGCGCUGGUGUGCUGCGCCGGCCACGCGCGCCAGCUGCACGUGCACCCGCGGGACCAGUACGACAACCCCGCGCCCGUGCCCGACAGCGACACCAGCGGUUUCACAAUCGAGCUGAGUCCUCUAGGCGGAGAGAUAGACCAGAAGCUAUCACAAUCAGCGACCUUCCAAUACGACUCGGUGAACCAACGCGUUACCAUGUCUCUCUGCUUCGACAAGCCCGGCAUCUACCGCGCCGCACUCUAUUAUGAACAAGUGUUGCUGCAGAACGGACAGUUCGACUGCAUCGUGCUUACAGCGAGCGACACAGCGACAGUGGCGCGCAACAUCUCGAGCAAGCGGCACAGCAUCAGCUACGAGGCGCGCCUGCUGUCCCCGGGCCGGCCGCGCCGCGUGCUGUGCUGCCUCGGGCCCAAGCACCUCACCGUCAAGGACUACAUACUCAAGUUCAUCCCUAAGAGGAUCACCUCCUUCAGGCUCUGUCCCUCCACUAAGUUGAUAAUGAAGCCGUCCCCGGAAGGCACUGCGGGCGGCGAGUUCACACUAGAGGACGGCGCGCAGCCGUCACUGGUGCUGGCGUCGGCUGAGCGGGAUCUUAUAGCGGCCACCUUCACGCAGCUGCUCAUUGCCAACUGCGGCGGCGAGGAUACCUUCAAGAACAAGCAAGACUUCUUCUACAGUGAAAUUCGCAAGGUUCACGCCCGCCACCCUCACGACAAGAUCGCCAUCCGCGUGGCGCGCGCCGAGCUCGUCCGCUCCAGUCUUAAAGCCACCAAGCACUUCACGCAAGCCGACUGGUGCAAAAACUUUGACGUCAGCUUCCAGGGCGAGCAGGGUGUGGACUGGGGCGGCGUACGUCGGGAGUGGUUCUCGCUGCUGUGCGGUCAGCUAUUCGACGCCAAGCUCGGGUUGUUCGUGUCCUUUCACGACUCCGCCACCGGCCUCGUGCAUCCCAACCCCGACCGCCCGCCGCAUCUCAAGUUGAAGCACUUCGAGCUGGCGGGCAAGCUGGUGGGCAAGUGUCUGUACGAGUCAGCGCUGGGCGGGUCGUACCGCCAGCUGGUGCGCGCCCGCCUCACGCGCUCCUUCCUGGCGCAGAUCAUCGGGCUGAGGGUGCACUACAAGUACUUCGAGCAAGAUGACCCGGAGCUGUACCUGUCGAAGAUUAAGUACGUGCUGGAGACGGACCUGGACGCCGGCGAGGCGGUGCCCGAGCUGUACUUCUCAGACGACGUAUACGACUCUAGCGGGCGACUCGUCGAGACACGGGAUCUCAUACCCGGCGGGGCCAACAUACGGGUGCGCAACGCGACGAAGCGCGAGUACCUGGACGCGUUGGCGCAGUGGCGGCUGGCGGCGCGCUGCCGGGCCGAGACCGACGCCUUCCUGCGGGGGCUGACGCUGCUGGUGCCCGACAACCUGCUGGCCAUCUUCGACGAGAACGAGCUCGAGCUGCUGGUGUGCGGCACGGGCGAGGUGUCGGUGGCGGACUGGCGCGCGCACGCGCUGGUGUCGGGCGCGGGCCGCGACUGGGAGCGCCUGCUGGCCUGGUUCUGGGCCGCGCUGGCCAACCUCAGCACGGAGGAGCGCGCGCGCCUGCUGCAGUUCACCACCGGCUGCAGCCAGCUGCCGCCCGGCGGCUUCCAGGAGCUAAACCCGCGGUUCCAAAUCACCGCAGCGCCAACGUUCGGCGCGCUGCCCACGGCGCACACGUGCUUCAACCAGCUGUGCCUGCCCGACUACGACAGCUACGAGCAGCUGGUGCACGCGCUGCUGUGGGCCAUCAACGAAGGCGGGGAGGGGUUCGGCAUGAUAUAGAUACAGGCGAGUGGCGUUUGAGGUACUAAAUGUGUGAAUGGUAAUGAUGUGGACACGAAAUGUGGAAAUGGUAAGCUUGAUACAGGCAAACCAGUAAGGCUUGGCCUGAUACGGCUUGAAAGGUUGAUGUGUAUAGGUAUGAAAUAGAGGCAAAUCAGCCACUUGUUGGUAUGUAAAGUUUAAGCUCGAAAAUGUCGAAAGGCGGAAAUCCUCUAAAAAUAUUUUGUGGCUAAGUUGAAGAUGGGAAGCUUUUUGGUUCAGAGCAUCCAAAGAGGGAUGUGUGAAUGAUGCGAAAGGAGAAAGGUGUAGUGUGAAACAUGUCUUAUUAUCAGCCGCAAACAGUAUAUUGUUGUGAAACAAAGCGGUCUUUUAGGUCUCAACUCAAGACAAAAACUAUUCUAAAAGUUGUGUGCGUGGUAUGUAUGGAAGACAUUAUAAGAAUAAUAUUUGUGAUCGCUCCUACCACAAUGUCAUUUGACUAUUUGUCCUGUCUGCACGAUUAUAAAUGUUAUGUUAGACGUGAAAAUUCGGAUAUUUACAACAUAAAUGUACCUACGAUAGGCAAAGAAAAGUUACCGGAUGUUGUAAAAUAGAAUUAUAAUCUACUCACCCAAGUGUAUGUAGAAUGUACAGCUAAAGAAAAAAACAUCAAAACUACGUUUAUCAAAGUAAUCCAAGGCUCUAAGUUUCCAGAGGCUUGUAAACUAUGAUCUCUUGUCAACAUUUCUAGUCAUUAUAAGAAAGCUAGUCCAAUAAUGGGACGAAAUUAUUGUAUAUUUAAAAAUACCAAAAAGACAUCUAAAUCGAGCGAAUGUCAAUGUAAUUAUAAAAUAUUCUCUAUGACGAGUUCUUUAGCCCGUAGUCACUUUACUAAUAUUUUGUGACUACUUAAGAUGACCAGAAGAACUGAAAUCAGUCUAGAACGGACAAAUUUACUUAAACGUUUGGCGAUGUGAGUACUCGAAUGAAAUAUAUAUAAGAAUGAGAAUUGGGUAAUAAUAUGCGGUGUUUUAAGCUAAAAGCUGAAUAUUUAUAGAGUAUAUUGUAAUGUAUAAAGCACAGAACAAGAAACCAGCUUACGCUCGGCCUCUAUUAGAAGCGAAAACUGCGUUCUAAAUUCGGGUCAGUACAACACAAAACAUAAACAGCCUAUAUACGUCCCACUGCUGGGCACAGGCCUCCCCUCAAUCAACCGGAGGGGGUCAGUAAAAUGAUAAUAAUUAGUCCCGUCUCACACGGGAGUUAUCGCGACGUGUGCGGUAAUGCGAACUUUCCGUUUGAACAGUUUUGUGUGCGGGACGGAACUAAUCUAGACACGCGGUAGCGUGUCAAGCCAAGUUAAAGAAACAGAACUGGCGUGCCGCACCGUGUGUAAUAUUACACGAACCAUUUGGAGCCACUUUUGACCCCCUCAUAAAUCAAAAACUAUUUCACAUAAACGUAUCAAAUUUGGCUCAUACAUUGAGACUUGCGAGAUACAUGUGUGUUCUAAAUUACAUAAGCUUAUCUCAAACGGUUAUUUAGAUAUGUGUCCAAAAAUCCUCAAUUUUAUCAUUGACUGACUGACUGACUGACCUAUAGAUCAAAAUUCUAACCCAGUUCCAGAUGUACUAGAGAGUUAAAAUUUGGUAUGCUGAUAGGUAAUUAGAUGAAUACAAAGGAAAAAAUAAGAAACUGGCAAUUUUUAAAUAAUUAGAUUCUAUUAUGAACGUUUAACAUAAAUACCUAAUUAGUGCCUGUACCUAACUAUAGAUGUAAAUACUUACAUCUCAGAAUCAGUAAGUAAUCAAAACUCAUGACAGCGGGUCUUUAUGUGGUAGAUAUGUUGAUUAACUAAACAUAUAACAUAACAUAUAAUCACGCCUAUAUGCCCUAUCGGGGUAGGCAGAGCACUAAGUACUUUUAGUUUUGAAUUUGUCUU